AUGUCGGGCAUCUGGGGCUGGUUCGGUGGUGGUGCCGCGCAGAAGCGGAAGGAUACCCCCAAGAAUGUCAUUCUGGAUCUGCGGACAAACCUGGAGAUGCUGCAGAAAAGGGAAGCCCACAUUCUCCGCCAGAUCGAGGAGCAGGAGAAGGAGGCCAGGAAGCAUGUAAACACUAACAAGACUGCGGCCAAGAAUGCCCUGCGACGCAAGAAGGUCUAUGAGGGCAACCUCGAAAAGACAAUGAACCACAUCGAAACCCUCGAAAUCCAGAUUAAUGCCAUCGAGUCUGCCAACAUCAACAAGGAGACGUUCGAAGCGAUGCAGAGAGCCAGCGAAGCCAUGAAGUCAAUACACGGCAAGCUCACGCCCGAGAAGGUCGACGAGGCCAUGGAAAAACUCCAAGAGCACAAUCAGCUCAACGAGGAAAUCGCGGCUGCCAUCGGCUCGGUCAACAUUGGCCAGUCCAUCGACGACGGAGAAUUGGAUGCGGAGCUGGACGAGCUCAUGGCCAAGGAUCUGGAGGACAAGAUGCUCGAGACUGGCACAGUACACGCAGAUCGUCUGCCGAGCGUGGCGACCGGAGAACUCAAGAACAACAAGGGCAAGGCGCCCGCGGUCGAAGACGACGAAGAGGCGGAACUCAACAGACUCAAGGCCGAGAUGGCCAUGUAA